UCCCAGACUCUGAUGAAUGAUGGAAAGCGAGCGACCACAGUCAGUGUCCUGACCUUCCGGCCCACGGACCGGGACAUCGGCCGUGAGUUCACCUGUAGAACCAGUAACGAGGCACUGCCAGCGGGAAAGGAGACCAGCGUCCGACUGAACGUUCACCACUUGCCGAGUGUUACGUUGUCAAUACACCCACAGAAAGUUCGUGAGGGUGAUCGUGUUGUAUUCACAUGUACAGUGAGUGCAAACCCAGGGAUCAAGAGCUACAGAUGGGCGAAGGGUGGUGUUCUCAUUGAUGGAGCUCGGGGCAGUGUGUACGAGACUGCAGUCGAUCACAGCUACUUCACCGAGGCCGUGUCCUGUCAGGUGGAAAAUGCUGUCGGCAGCACCAACGUCAGCUCCUUGGUUGAUGUUCAGUUCGGACCCCGCGUUGUCGAGGAACCUGAGAUGACCACAGCCGACACGGGGGACAGUGUCAUGCUGAAUUGUGUCUGGGCAGGAAACCCUCCGCUCACCCUGGCCUGGACCAGGAAAGGAUCGAACAUGGUUCUCAGUAACAGUAACCACCUCUACCUGAAGUCCGUGACCCAGGCUGACGCGGGACAGUAUGUCUGUAAGGCUAUCGUACCCCAGAUCGGCGUGGGCGAGCGAGAGGUCACCCUCAAUGUCAACGGUCCUCCAAUCAUCUCGAGUGAAGCCGUUCAGUACGCGGCCCACGGCAAUCGGGGGACAGUGGAGUGUUACAUCGCAAGUACUCCGCUGCCUGAUCGCAUUGCCUGGGCUUGGCGAGAGAAUGUACUGGAAUCUGGGACGUUUGAUCGUUACACGGUGGAGACGGUGGGCACAGCGAGCGGGGUGCGAUCCACACUCCACAUCAACAACGUGGCUGAAUCAGACUUUCAGACCCGCUACAACUGCACAGCCUGGAACAGCUUUGGCCCAGGAACAGCGCUGAUCCAACUCCGCAGACAGGGUCGUAAGGAUGUUACUCUUGGGAAGCCUGAUAUCAAAGUUGAGACAGUGAACAAGGAAUCUCAGCUGGUGGGGAAGGACCUGGACGAGGAGGAAUCGAACAUGUCGACUGCCACACGCGUGUUCAAAGCCAUGUACUCGGCUUUUCAGGAAGAGAUGGAUUUGAAGGCUGAUCUGCGAUCGGACACCCUCGACACUCGGGAGGACUGCGAGCUCAAGGACCCGACGAACGGCUAUUACAACGUGAGGGCUCAGGACGACCGGCUGCCUUCGCGGGCGACGCUGCUCUACACGGACUACGGGACCGCCCCGGGGAGCCGCUACGAGGCCCGGCCCCCCUCCCGCCUCUCCCACGCCAGCGGCUACGGCACGGCUGGAGGGGCGCCCCUCCCGGCCUCCUGCUACGGCCGCCUGCAAGACUACGCCGGCGAGGCGCCGGGGGAGGGGGCCAGCCAGCUCUCGUUCGACGCCUACGGCUACCCAGGGUACCCGCCCGGCGGGCUGUCCGGCUACGGGCGGCCGGCCAACCUCGAGCGCCUCUUCGACACCGCGCCCAAGUUCUCCGGCGCCUCCCGCUACUCCUACUCCUCCUCCCAGCAGUCGGAGCAUGGCCGACCCUACCAGCAGCGCAUGCAGACGCACGUGUGACCCCCCCCCUUCCCCUCACC